UUGAAAUGAGAGAAGAAGGAGAAGAAAGGAUUGUGACCAUCCUACCCUUCUAUAAACCUGCGUCGUCCUAAAACCCUCCCGGGAGUCAGAAAUUUAGUGAGGCACACUGAAACUAUUUCAUGGCUGGCAUUGUAUCAGUUGAAGAAGUAUAAACAAACAACAAACUAUCAAACAAUACUCCCCAAACUUCUCAAGUAGACAAGAAAACCAAAGAAGCCCAAAUCACAGGUAAAACAGCAAAACUUGAACCUUUUCAGCUUUGCAGAAGUUUAUCUUUUCUCUGGUCUCUCUAGCUAUUAUUGAGUAGGCUUCAUAUUCGAUCAAACUAGUCAUGACCCAUUUUCAGAAGCUUAAGAAACCAUCUAUUCUCAAAUGGGUGUCUUCUUAUUUUGUUGAGAACCAACUAAAACCCCCAUUUUGGCAAACGGGUUCAUUUCACAUUGCACAAAGGCAAAACCCUAGACUUUAUAGGACAAAAAGAUCGGUUGUAACUGAAAAUUCUGAUAAAACCAUGUUUUCUGAUGGCGAAAAUGUUGCGCGAAUCCCUCGUGCCACUCUAAAAGAGGCUCAAGCUGCAUUAUUGGAAUAUUUGCAUUCUACUAGAAGUAUUCAUUUUACGGAUGCAGAGAAUAUGAGCAAAAACUCUCCUCAUUUUUUACAAAAGCUUUUAAAGAAGGUUGAAAGUGAAAAGGAUGUUGGAAGUUCUAUGACGCGGUUUCUGCGUUACCAUCCCAUUAAUGAAUUUGAACCUUUCUUUGAGAGUUUGGGAUUGAAACCUUGUGAGUAUACUCCUUUACUUCCCAGGGAUUUGAUGUUCUUGAGCGAUGAUUGUUUGUUGCUAGAGAAUUAUAAGGUCUUAUGCAACUAUGGGAUUGAACGAAAUAAGAUUGGUAAGAUAUAUAAGGAAGCAAUUCAAGUGUUUCAACAUGAAUUUGGAGUUUUGCCGUUAAAGCUUCAAGCUUAUCAAGAACUGGGGCUUAGUCAGUCUUUUAUGGCAAAGGUUAUUGUUUGUGGUCCUCAUCUUUUGAUUGGUGAUGUAGAUAUGAAAUUUAUUAAGGUAUUAGAGAUUUUGAGGAGUGUGGGAUUUGAUUAUGCUUGGAUUGAGGAGCAUUUGUCAGAGCAUGAUUCUUAUAAUUGGAGCAUGAUACUUCGUGUUCUCAACUUCUUUAGUGAGAUGGGUGGCAGAAGUGAGUUACAUGGGUUAAUCAGCCAGCAUCCAGGGCUUCUGUUUGAGGGUUCAGGGUAUAGAAUGCUUUCACUAAUUGCAUUCCUGUUGAAAUUUGGAUCUCCACUGGAUCAGAUAUCUUCUACGUUUCUGCAGUUUCCAGAAAUCCAAGUUGGGCAAUUUGUUUCAAAUUUUAUCAAAUGUUUUCUAUUUCUUCAUGAGAUUGAGAUGGAGGUGAAUGAGAUUGGGAAAAUUGUGUGUUCUUACCCCUUAUUACUUGGUUCAAUCAUGUUGAAGAAAACUAACAGUUUACUUGGUAACUUGAAUGUCGGAAAAAGGCGACUUUGUAAAUACAUCCAGGAGAACCCCCAAGAAUUGAGUAAAUGGGUCAUGGGAAAAAGAGUUGUGCGAUUACCAGACUCAGGAGAGGACAUAAAGUCGCAGAGGUUAAGGAUGAAGUUCUUGUUAGACUUGGGAUAUGGAGAAAACCCUAACAUGAUGAAGAAAGCACUCAAGGUGUUCAGAGGCAGGGGAGGGGAGCUUCAGGAGAGAUUUGAUUCUAUUGUGAAUGCUGGUUUAGAUAAGAAAGAUGUUUCUGAAAUGGUCAGAGUAUCCCCACAAAUCCUAAAUCAAUCAAAAGAUAUCAUCCAAAAAAAGAUCGAUAUUCUAGUGAAUGAGUUGGGUUACCCUUUAUCCUCUUUAGUGUCGUUCCCCUCAUAUCUUUCCUAUACAACACAGAGGGUCAGACUUAGAUUGGCAAUGUAUAGCUGGCUCAAAGAUCAGGGAAAAGCAGAGCCUGACCUGGCCUUAAGUACUAUAGUUGCAUGUUCAGACAAACUAUUUCUGAGGCAAUAUGUAAAUCAUCAUCCUAGUGGCCCUCAAGUUUGGCAGGAUUUAAAAGGUAUUGACAUGGUAAGGGAGGAAUGAGCAAAGGCAAGACUGGCUAGGGAAUUAUCUGUAGCAUAGUGAGCUUUACAGAGCAGAUGGUUAACUGAAACAAGCGUUCCAGCAUGUGUGGAUAUGCUAUAUAUGAACCAUUUCUCUUUGAAAAUAUAUUGCAGGGUAACAUUAAUGAAAUUGUUGAAGCAAACGCGUGAAAUAACCUUACUGCCUGCACUUGGCUGUUGUUUCUUUUCCUCUUUUGCUUUCUUUUGGGGGAAUGGUAGUAAUGGCAUUAAAAUUUUGCUGUCAACACUACAACUUCAAUUGUUAUUUAAUUUAAAAUAUUUUACACAAUUACUUUGUUUCCAACCAAAAGCAUGCACUAUAAAUGCUAAAUCUGUACAGCAAGGUCUGCAAAAUCAGAUAAAACAUAUUCAAUUCUUGUCCAAUCAUGUAAACAUUUUUGUAAACUGGAAACAAACUUGAGGGCUCUUCAACGCUCUCUCCCAAUACUCAAUACUUCUUCAUAUCAUCCAUGAAAAUGAUUGAAAAGAUAAGAAGCACUUUCCAGGAAGCUAAUAUGACCUC